CUCGAACCGCGAUGAAUUCGGUUCAUCGGUGGAUAAGUCCAUAUUUCGUAGCAUUGAAUUUUGCAAGGUGACGUCACGAAUGAACGUUCGGUUCAUUCUCGUUCGUUCUUUCCUUUUCUCUCUCACGCGAAUUUUGACAUUUUCCGGUGCUUUGUUUUGAUUCCCAUUCGUUGCCAUUCUUUUCUCUCUCGCAGAGAAAAUUGAGGUCAAAUUUCUAUGCAAAACUCUAUUGCAUUCAAAUUCUCGGGGGUGCCUGGCACUCCCGGCACCCGCAGUAGUUUCGCCUACGAAAAGGGGGGACUAUAAAAAAAACUCCAGGGUGAAAUGUUUUAAAACAAAGUAGAUAUUGCAUUUCUACCAAAAGCUGAGUUAUCAGCAAUACUACACGCUAUCAUGGAAAUUACUACUUCUCAUCAUGACAAAUUUGUAAUAAUUACUAAUUCACUGGGCUCACUUCUUGCACUGUCAAGCCCUUUUUCCAAUCAUCCAAUAUUAGAAAAUAUCUUUGACAAUAUAUUUUGAACUUAUUUUUAACUCUCAAAACAAUAAGAUUCUUUUUUGUACCGAGCCAUAUCGGUAUUCUUUGGAAAUGAAACAGUGGAUAAAACAGAAGAAGAAGAAGACAAGUCAUGGUAGAGCGUUGCUGAUGAUUGGCUGUGUUAACAGCAAAAUCCUUAAGCAUCAAUAUGUUUGUUUUUAUGAAAUUUAAUGAUAUUUGCAAUCUCCUCAUUACCUUUCUCCGUGGAAUGCAGGUUUAAUUUCUCUGGGUGCGAUCAAUACGAUGUGCAUGCAAAUGAAGCUCCCUGCAAGAUUUAUAGCUGAGCGUAAAUUUAAAAUUUGACAUCUCUGAAGUACCCUUGAAGUUAAUUGAGAAAUAUCUGACAUGGAUACUGAGCUGUGUGCUGCUGCGGUAUGCAUGUCGUACACCGUGCCGCGGUAGAUUCCAUAACAGUGCUACUGCGCUAAUUCCCAUCACCCCUUCUUAUCCAAACAUUGAAAACCUAAUGUGCACUCAGAGUGCAGGUGCUGUCGCUCCCAAUGCCUCGAAACUUGCCAGAACCGUUCAUCCUACUGACUUUUGCCAUUUUCCCCCGAAAAAAAAAACACGAAAAACGAAACCGCGAGCUUUACGUCAGUCCCUCCCUCCGCCUGGUAUAGUACCUACAUUACACCGCGCAAACGGAACGGUACUUUGACUGACUUCCAGCAGAAGCAGAAGAGAGACUGUCUUAUUAUAGCAUUUUUUGGUUAUUCUCCUCUUUUUUCCUACCUGAUUAUUUUGGGUGUACAUCGCGUGUGAUAUGUGCGAAGGUACGUGUUUUCCUACAUAUCCGACCUGGACGGUGGCAGCGGUGGCAUGGCGGACGUGUUUGAAGAUGUAAGUGACCGAAAAGCGCGCGGCGCGGCGAGAACAUUAGCAAGCAGUAGCGCACCCAAAUAAAAAAUCAUUAAAUCCAUCCACUUGACUGGGCUGGAAGUAUUUUUUCUUCUCUUUUUUCUUCGAAUGGCUUCCUACUGUAUAACUGCAGUGCCGGGUUCUCUGUGAACUAUUUGGAAUACAAGAGAAGUAGACUAACUGUGGUCGUAAUUUUCGGCGUCAUCGUUUGGCAAAGUAAUAAAUGACAAAUUGGUGCGACACUUCUGACACUUUGAUGUAUGCGCACAAAAGAUAGAAUAAUUGAAAGUCGAGUCAAGUACAAGAUACUGAAGAUGACCUUACAGUUGAGGUCGAAAUACGUAUCUGUCAAAGGAUGCAAAUUCUUAGUGGGAUUCAAAGGAACAGUACUUAACGCGAUUUUCUUUUUAUUUAAUUGAAAGUAGUUACUUUGGAAAUUGAAUAAGUUUAACUCUAGAGCAGUCGCGUCAUAUACUUAGCACAUAACCCAUGAAAAAAUGCUUUAUCAUUUUUAUUGGUUGGAUCUUUCAAAAUCUUAUCGAAGCAAUGAACUAUCUUUGAGUUUAAAUAGACUAAGAUCUCAAGAGUAGACAUCACCACCAUUUCUAGAAGGUCGAAGGAAGACUAUCUGUAAUAAUUAUCCCAGAUGCUUAAUGCUCACUUCUCCCGAGAAGGGAAUUUCAUGGAAAAUGUCAUAUGUAUACAGGUACGAGCAAUUAUGAGAUCAGUUGAAGUUAUGAGGAUCAAAAUAGUUUACUUUUUCAACAUUUUGCCUAUGAAAUUUCUUGAAUUCUAUGGAAAUUAAAAAUACAGGUAAUUUUAGUUCUGUGUAAAAUGUUUCGCUCAAUCGAUUCAUAGGUUCCAGAGAUAUAGAUCCCAGAAAAUGGCUAUUUUGUAUGGAAAUCAUCAAAUGUUUGACGGAUUUCGCGCCAAAUCGUAUUCGGAGUUGGCAGCACCCUCUCAGAUUACAAUGAAACUUUCUGGGUAUGUACACCAAGACUAGAUAAGCCACUUUGCAUACUUAGUUUCUUCAAAAUUUAUCUGGACUGACUUUUGAAAAGGGCUAAACUUUUUUUUAUGGAUUUUUUUAAAAAUGUUUUUAGUCAAAAAAUGACUACUCCUACAAAAAACUGUUGUAUGGGUGAUUAUCACAAAAUAAUUCAAAUUUUAAGAAAAAAAUACACUGAAAAAAAUCAUUUCUAAAUAUUCAAAGUUGAUUUAAAAAAAACACCAUUUUUGAUUUUGAUGAAAUUUUGUCUCAAGACAGGUAAUUAUGUUCCCUACCAACCGUCCAUACAUCACAAGAUGGGCACUUUUAAGGAAAAAAAGUUUUUACAACAAAAACUUUUUCAUGUCCAAAUUAUUAUUUUUUCAGUGUCUUUUUUUUUUUAAACAAACUAAACCAGUGAAGGUUAUCUAGUAAUCUCAAAAUGCAAUGAAACUUAUUGUGUCAUAUGCAACAAUGCAAUGCACCCAUAUUCACGCAGCAGCACUCUAGAAGUACGAAACAAUAUACAAUUAGAACACGCAUUUCAUACGUGCUGCUGUAAUUUCUACCCAAACGUUUCUACCCCAUGUUCUUACCUAAUUUAGGUAAGGCUAUUUAUUAGAUUCGAACUACCUAAUCGAUAAAAAAAAUCAAGAGUUGUACCUAAAGCAAAUAUGAACAAAACAAGAAAAUGAAUCGGUAUCAUUCAACGCGUUACUUCUCUUUGGUUAUUAAAGGCAGUUCUGAAAAGUAAUGGAUCAAUCGUAUAAAUCAAAAUUCAACAAAUUCAAGUGCAAUGCAAAAAUAAACAAUCCAAAGUGCAACCGUCAUAAUCUACGGGGCAUGUCAUUAAGAUUGAUAGAUAAGAUUCAUUCCAUGGGAUAUACACAUGAAAUCGACGAAUCGAUGAGUAUUUGUGAGUCAUGUCGUGGAUUGAUAAGUCACAACAGAAGCCCGAAUACGAAAAAACGCCGAUCGGAUGGAAACGACGAAACUAUGCAACCAUCAUUUAGUGGGCAGCAACAUCAUGAUGUUCCAGAACCAGAACCGUCAACGAGUGGUCAACAAAUCGAACAUGAGCUGGAUAUGGUACCAUCUAUUCCAUCAUUGGAGUCAAUUCCGUCAACAGAUCAACUACAGGGUCCCCAUAAUAUUAAGAAGUUUAAUACCAUUGCUGAAACAUUGAGUUUAUCGCCAAGCUCAUCUAGAAACAUGAGAAGUAUGGAAUAUCGCAUAAACAAAUCAUUGCAGAUUACGAAAGCAGUUCGAAAAAAUAUCUUCGGAAUAGAUUCAACGGAUGUUGGCAAAGUGGAGGCGUAUGACGAGAUAAUUAUGCAGUUAAAGGAUAAGUUCAAUCACCCUACAACUGACAGAAGCGAACAGAUUAAAAUACUAUCUGUACUUCCUAAGUCUUGGUCGGUAAAUAAAAUCACAAGAGAGUUUAACGCACCAAUGUAUAUGGCGAGGCAGGUGAAGGAUCUUGUUUAUGAACAGGGUAUUCUUUGUACCACCGAAAAAAGAAGGGGGCAUGGUAUUGAUGACGAUACAAAACAAAUAGUAAGAGAAUUUUUUGAUGAUAAUGAUAUCAGCAGGCCAAUGCCAGGAACAAAUGAUUUUGUUUCUGAGGUUCGAAAUGGAAAAAAAACAACAAGUUCAAAAACGACUUUUGAUGAUGUCGCUCAAAGAGGCUUAUAUGAUUUUUGUAGAUAUGUACAAAACUGUGAAUAUUGGUUUCACAGUAUUUACACAGUUGCGACCAAAGCAUUGUAUUUUACUUGAUUCUACUGGUAUACAUAAUGUAUGCAUAUGUACUAUUCAUGAAAAUGUAAAUUUAAUGUUCAACAGUAUAAGAAUUGUGUCACAAGAUGAAACAAUACAAAAAAUGCUUUGCGAUAUUUUCACCAGAACAGAUAAUUGCUUUUUCCGUGCUUGUGAAAAGUGUGCUUGUAAUGAACACAUUGAAGAGGAACUUACAUUGAUAUUAGAAUCAAAUGACAAAGAAGAGAUUAUAUUUCAGCAGUGGUUGAAUACUGAUCGCUGUAAUUUAGAAACGACUAUUAAACCUGUUGAUGAAUUUGUUCCGUAUCUUGUUGAUAAAAUUGACAAACUUAUAACACACGACUUUAUUCAUAAACAACAAUCAUCAUUUCUCAGAAAUAAAAAAGAUACAUUAAAGGAUGAUGAAAUUCUUGCGAUUUGUGAUUUCUCUGAAAACUAUUCAUUCAUAAUUCAAAACGCUGCUCAAGGAUAUCAUUGGAACAACUCGCAAGCAACAAUACACCCAUUUGAAAUUUACUAUAUGAAAGAUAAUAAACUUGUAAAUGUUAGCUUCAUUAUCAUAUCGGAAGUAAUGACUCACGAUACAGUUGCGGUCCAGUUGUUCAUCUCAAAAAUGAUAGAUUUUAUGAAACAAUUAACGAACUUUUCUAAAAUUUAUUUUAUGUCUGAUGGGGCAGCAUCACAAUACAAAAAUAAGAAGAACUUUGCUAGUCUAUGUAGAUUCCAGUCAAAGCAUGCAUUAAGAGCAGAAUGGCAUUUUUUUUGCAACGUCCCACGGUAAAGGUCCAUGUGAUGCUAUUGGUGGCACUCUCAAGCGAAUGGCAAAGAGAGCAAGUCUUGCUCGAGAUUAUGGAAAUACCAUAACAACUCCACGAGAGUUAUAUAACUGGGCAGUUGUACAGACAGAUAAAAAUAUAACUAAAUUAAAUUUCUGUUACGUAUCCACUGAACAGUACAUUAAAAUGUCAGAAGAUCUCGAAGAAAUAUAUAAUAACGCCAAAACAAUACCAGGCACUCAGAAAUUCCAUAGUUUUUUGCCUAUUCCUGGCGACAAAGUAAAGGCAAACAGGUAUUCUAAUUCAGAAGAUGAACCAAAAAUAUUUAGUAUGAUAGGAAAAAAAUUAGAAAAGAACAUGUUUGAAAUUGGC